AUGACUUCAUUAGUCCAAUACUCCGAUUCCGACUCGGACGAUGCUGACCUUCCCACCCAUACCGAUACGAAGACGAGCAAGACCCUGAAGCGCAAACAUACCUCCACCUCUGUAACCUCACCUUCCGACCUGCCUCCGCUUCCGGCUGCAUUUCACGACUUGUACUCCGCCAACGCGCGCAUCAGUACAAACGACGAUCCUGCUCUCCAUGGCGGCCGCAAGCGUGCCAUUCCUCAUAUUGAGGGUAAUUGGCCUACUCAUCUCUACCUAGAGUGGGUACCUUCACAAUCAGAAUCCGACCACCUCCUAACCCUCAUCGAAACCGUCCGAACGACCAUCACACGCGCAAACGACGCCCGACCAAAACCCCUCCCAAUCCCCACCAUCACGCCCUCCCUGCGCUCGCAACUCGGCGCCCCAUUACCUCUCCACAUCUCCCUCUCCCGCACCCUACAGCUCAAAACCGACGCCCGCGAAUCCUUCCUCGAAACCCUCACCUCGCGGCUGCGCAAGGCCUCCGUGAAGCCCUUCGAAGUCGAAUUCACCUCCCUGAAAUGGGUCCCCAACUUCCAGCGCAACCGCUGGUUCCUCGUGCUCGGGACCGCAAGGCCCCCCAACGACGAACUCAACCGCCUCCUCGCCGCCUGCAACGCCGCCGCGCAGCAGGAGGGCCACCAGGGUCUCUACACGUCCAGCGGCGGGAAGGGUGAGGGUCCAAUGCAGGAGGACGAUACCACUCCCCCCGCGAAGCGCAUCAAGUCAAAUAGACAACCCCCCAGCGACCCCGACGACCGCACGCAAAAUUUCCACAUCAGCAUCGCGUGGAACCUCGCUGAGCCCGACGCACUGUGGCGCGACCUCGUGGGCGGCAUCGACGUGCGUGCGACACUCGGCUCGCGCCCCGCCGCCGCCGCGCCGUUCGACGCCGUGAAGGCGCGGGUCGGGAACGCGGUGCACAGUCUGCCGCUGGGGGGUGCUGCAACGUCAUCUCUGGCGAGGAGGACGGGCGGCGGCGGCGGCGGUGGGGGAGGGCUCUUGGGUUUGGGGUGA